CUUCUCUCUGCAGAUUUGAACUCUCACUCCUCUACUUUGAACUCUCUCCUCGGUCUCUGUCUUCGUUCAUGGAUUUCUUCAGUUCAACUUUACCUUUUCUCACUCCUAACCUUCAAUAAUGGAUAUCCAUUCAGUUCACUAUUUCUUUCAGAUUCAUUAAGGAAGAGCCCCCUACUUAGAAAGGGUUUAUUCUACUUUCUGGUUUCUGUUUUGCAAGCAAAGAUGGCAGCUCUUCCACCAUCGCUUACAACGAGAUCCUGUUAUCUGAACUACGGCACUGCAGAAAUGUCAAACUUGAUUGCUGCUGAACAUUUUAUCAGUAAAAGCAAAAUUACACACAGACCUGAGAAUGUAAAUGUAAAGAAUGAGAAUUUUUGUGGAGGAUCUAUAAAGAAUUUGGGGAACACCCGUAAAAAUUUUGAUGUAAGGAUGUUUGCUGCAGCACGAGUUUCUGUUGAACACAGUGAAACGAUAUUUACAAGAAGUCUUCAAGUUGCUGAUCUUAAAAAGGUAGCAACUUAUCUAUUUAGGACAGAAAUUGGUGGCCAGGUGAAAGUUUUUGUUAGAAAGAGAAAUGAUAAAUAUGCUGUGAAUGUUGAAGCUUCAUCCUUGCAACUAUGUGGUAAUGACAGUUGGCUUGCAUUAGUUUGGGGAAUACAUAGAUCUGAUUCUUCAUGUUUCAUGCCUGUAGAAUCUCAACACUACAACCAAAAUGCAAAAACCCGGACCACUGAAAACCCAUUCAUAAAGACUUCCUUCAGUGAGUUUGCAAUUGAGUUGGAGCUUGAAGCGAAAUGCUCCCCAUUCUAUCUCUCCUUUUUGCUGAAAUCUCUCUCAAAUGCUAACCCGGAUGGCCAAGAGAUCAAGAGCCACAGAAAGGCAAACUUUUGUGUACCAAUUGGAUUUGGUGCAGGUUAUCCAGCUCCAUUAGGUCUCUCCUUUUCGAAAAAUGGUUCCAUGAAUUUUGCAUUUUUUUCAAGAAAUUCAGAAAAUGUGGUUCUGUGCUUGUAUGAUGACAGCACAGCUGAAAAACCUGCUUUCGAGCUUGAUCUUGAUCCAUACAUCAACCGAACAGGUGAUGUUUGGCAUGCCUCUGUUGGAAGUGCCUGGAAUUAUGUGAGCUACGGUUAUAAGUGCAGAGGGCCUGCUCUUCAGGGAGAUGGAGAUAACUUCCCUGCGGAGCGCAUUCUUUUGGAUCCCUAUGCAAAAGUUAUUGCUAAUGUCAUUUCUGACAAUAACGAUUCUGUUUUGCUUCCAACAUAUCUUGGACAGUUAUGUAAGGAGCCUUCUUUUGACUGGAGUGGUGAUGUUCGUCUGAACCUACCAAUGGAAAAACUAGUGGUUUACCGACUGAAUGUGAUGUGUUUUACUGAACAUAAAUCUAGUAAGCUGCCUACCAAUAUGGCUGGGACCUUCUUGGGUUUGACUGAGAAGGUGAAUCAUUUGAAAGCUCUAGGUGUAAAUGCAGUUUUGUUGGAGCCAAUAUUUCCAUUUGAUGAACAGAAAGGACCAUAUUUUCCAUGCCAUUUCUUCUCUCCGAUGAACAUAUAUGGGCCUGGUCCUGUAUCAACUAUUAACUCAAUGAAGGAGAUGGUGAAGAAACUGCAUGCAAAUGGCAUAGAAGUUUUGAUGGAAGUUGUCUUCACCCACACUGCUGAUUCAGGAGCACUCCAAGGAAUUGAUGACUUGUGCUAUUAUUACAGUAGUAAUACUGAAAAUUUAGGACCAAGGAGCAACUUGAAUUGCAACUAUCCCAUUGUUCAGCAGAUCAUUUUAGAUAGCCUUCAUCACUGGGUAACUGAGUUUCAUGUUGAUGGUUUUUCCUUUGUAAAUGCUGCUUCUUUGUUGAGAGGGCCUCAUGGUGAAUGCCUAUCUCGCCCUCCCUUAGUUGAAGCAAUUGCUUUUGAUCCAUUGCUCUCAAAGACAAAGAUCAUUGCUGAUUGUUGGGACCCACAUGGCUUUAAACCGAAGGAAACUCAUUUUCCUCAUUGGAAGAGAUGGGCAGAAACUAAUACCAAAUUUUGUAAUGACAUAAGGAACUUUUUGAGGGGUGAAGGUCUUAUUAGUGAUCUUGCCACUCGGCUUUGUGGGAGCGGUGACAUUUUUUCAGAUGGACGAGGCCCCGCUUUUUCUUUCAAUUUCAUUGCUAGAAAUUUUGGACUUCCUCUUGUUGACUUAGUCAGCUUCAGCAGCCCUGAGCUAUCUUCACAGUUAAGCUGGAAUUGCGGGGAAGAAGGACCAACGACUAACACGGCUGUCCUUGAAAGAAGACUUAAACAAAUCCGUAAUUUUCUAUUCAUUCUGUAUGUUUCUCUUGGUGUUCCCGUUCUUAACAUGGGAGAUGAAUGUGGCCAAUCUUCUAGGGGUUCUCCUUCAUAUGGCGACAAAAAAGCUUUGGAUUGGAACACACUUGCUACAGGCUUUGGUAUCCAGAUUACACAGUUCAUUUCUUUUCUGAGUUCAUUAAGAAUGCGGCGAAGUGAUGUUCUUCAAAGUAGGAAUUUUUUAAAGGAAGAAAAUAUCGAUUGGCAUGGAAGUGAUCACUCUGAACCAAGAUGGGAAGAUCCAUCCUGUAAAUUCCUGGCCAUGACAUUGAAGGCAGAUGAAGAAGAUCCCCAGUCAUCUCAGCAAAGUGGUGAUCUAUUUAUUGCCUUCAAUGCUGCGGAACAUUCAGAGUCUGUUAUCUUACCUCCACUUGAUGAAGGGAUAGAAUGGCGUAGAUUAGUUGACACGGCUCUUCCGUUCCCAGGGUUUUUCUCAAUUAGUGGUGACCCUGUUCCUGAGCAGAUGGCAGGGUUGGUUGCUUAUGAAAUGAAGUCCUACAGCUGCACUCUGUUUGAAGCCAGCAGCGGUCUUAGUGGUUGAAAUCUUCUACUCUUUUGUCAUGGGACAAGGCUAUAUAAUAGAUGAUUAACGUACACUAAAUCAAGCCAUUCUUUCAAAAGGCUCCGACGCUGUUGGUUUAGUGUAUAUUUGUCUAAGUUGGCAGAAAUUCUGUAAUGGUUUCCUAAAAUUUUUGGAAACUAUAUAGUUUAUCCAGGUUAGUAGCUACUUUUCAAGUAAAUCUAAGCUGGCUUUCCAUGCACAUUCCUUCA